UGAGAUUGAGUAAUGAGUGGAGAACCAAAGCAGGAAGAAAAGUGGUGAAAGUUCCAGCCAAGGAGAGCAAUUUUGCUCCAGCCAAAGAUUUACAGAACGAGGGGUCCAAUUCAAUUAAUUCCAAAAAAUGGGAAAGUAUUACGAAAACUGCUCUACAUUCGCAUAUUCCUGGGAGCAAAUAGUUACUGCUUUCUGGAAAAGAUAUCCCAAUCCUUUCAGCACACAUGUCCUCUCAGAAGACACACUAAAUCGUGAAAUAAUACAAGGUAACACCCUCUUCACGAGAAGAAUUUUAACAAAGACGAACCGUGUGCCUAAAUGGGGGGAAAGAUUUGUCAAGUCCACCACCGUUGCUAUCGUCGAAGAGUCGUACGUCGAUCGCAAAACCAAAAUCCUGACAACCUACACGAGAAAUAUUGGACUGAAUAGGAUCAUGAGCGUCACAGAGAAAGUCAUAUACACUCCAGACCCUUCCAACCCAGGACACACGGUGGCAAAUCGGAUGGCGUGGAUCGAUUCACAAAUGUAUGGGUUCAGACGAGCCAUUGAAGCGUUUGGCUUGGAAAGGUUCCGAACCAAUUCGGCUCGAGCAUCCGCUGGAUUUGUUCACAUACUUCAAAUCCUGUAUCCCAACUAUCAGAACAAACUCGCGUUGAUGUCACUCCACGCCUCCUCCGUUCCCAGUUUCGACGAGACAAAGGAAAAGUUCAAAGAAAAGGCAAAGAAAGCAGCAGGUGAAAUUGCGAGACAGUCGGCCGAAAAAAUUUCACUCGUGUCAAAUGCCAACGUCGAUUCAUAAAUACGAAGGACCAUCUAUAUUAUUUCUUACAUGUAUCAAUCAAUUGACCCAAUUUCGCAGUCUAUCCUAACCCGUACGUAAUCACACAUCGCAAAACUAAGCGUAUUAUUCAUCAUUCAUCUAAUGAUUUGUUACAAACUGUACAAACGAAAAACUACACAAUAAUAAUGUAGUCUACAUUGUUCGUUUAGGAAAUAAAUACAUAUAAUCUUUGCAACAGACA